AUGAAAGUUGUCGAACAUCAAGAAUGUUCUAAAAAUAGAUUAUCGAUGAUUUCCGAAAGAAUUACGAAAAAAGUUGCUAAAACGAAUAGAAACGUUAUUAAAGUUGGCGGUCUGAGAGGUGUUGUGAGAAAGAAAUUACAAUCAAGAAAGGAAUCGUCAUUAACGACAAAUAUUCAUCCUGAAGCUUAUUAUACUAGUAGGGUAUUGGAUUUUUCCUUUAAUAGAUUAUCCAUUUCUUCUAAUUCUAAUAAUUCAUUUACGGCCGGUAAUACUUCAAAUUCUGAUGAUUUUGGUGAAGAAACAGGACAAUCAAGUUUCGCCAUCUCUGAUACGGGUUUGGAAGAUGUAAUUGAAGAUUUUAUUAUCCUUUCCAAAGAUUCUAAGGGAAAGGAAAGGGCUUGGGCAUAG